CCUCUACUGUUUACGAAACGUGCUCGACCAUUAUUUUUUAGUCUGCCGAUCAACGCCGGCAAGUGAACACGCGUCGCGCGUAAUCGUAAUUCGUAAACAUUACAACAUAAACAAAACAAACCAAGUGAUAAAGAACGUUCGUUAUUUAAACAUAAUAUUUGUUCUUUAACGUAAAUAGUGUUCGAACUUCAAAUUUAAAUUGUGUAGUGUUGUGUUGUGCCAGUUUGAUUCGGAAUUUAAAAGGACGAAGUGAAAAACCAGAUCUUAUUUCUUUAAAACCAAAGUUAGCAAUAAAAGUGAUGGUUCCAUAAAAAGUUUUGUGAAGAAGACAAAAUGUCGGAGAAUAAAAUCCAUCGAAUUAAGAACCGGUUCAUAAGAAUACAGGAGAAGCUACAAGAUCGCAUGGAUGAGUUCCAGGAUCAAGUGCAGAAUAAGAUAGAAAAAUCGAAAAUUUCCAAAUUCAUUUCUCAUUUGUCUGAGGAUCGAAAUUCUGUGGAUUCAUUUGAGAGUGCCGACAAGAGCUCAAGUGACGGAGAUAUAGGCUCAGAAUAUCUGAGUGUACCUUCAUUUGUUAUUGACAAACCAGAGGAUCGAGACGUAAAGGACACCUGUAAGAACUUUAUUAACAUUGAACAAGGAGGCCUGUAUAAAAGUGUGUCGGCCUGCAAUUUGGCCUACGACGAGAAUAGGAACAGCUAUAGCUCGAGUGAUUCUUGCUUUUCUUGUCUUUCGUCCAGCGAUGAGAGGGACAGACAAACAGGGAUCCGUCCAAGGGCCGGCAGCCUACCACCAGGAACCACGGCCUUGGUACAACCUUCCCCAGGCACAUGUACCGACUUGAUCGAGAAACUCGGCAAUCACUUCCCGCGCCUCAAAAGCCAAGGCGAUAGAAUCCAUAGGUAUUUACUGAAGAAUACAAGGCUGAGUGAUGUGAACAAGCGGCUGAAGGCUCAAAUAUGGAGUUCAGUCGUGACCAUCGUCCUAGUGGAAGCCAAGAACCUGCCUGCCAUGGACUUGGAUACCAGGUCCAGUGACCCUUAUUGUAAGUUUAGGUUAGGUAAUGAAAAAUAUAAAAGUAAGGUAGUAUGGAAAUCUUUGAAUCCGUCGUGGUUGGAGCAGUUCGACUUGCACCUCUACGACGAUCAGGAACAAAUAUUAGAAGUCACUGUUUGGGAUAAGGAUAAGCAAACAAAAGAUGAUUUUCUAGGAAGAUGUUCAAUAGACUUAUCGAGAUUAGAGAGAGAGAAAACACAUAAUAUACGGAAGGAUCUAGAAGAUGGGAACGGCCAGAUAUUUUUAUUGUUAACCAUUAGCGGUACAACGCAGUCAGAGACCAUUACUGACCUCAGCAGUUAUAAGGAGAACCCGAGAGACCUGGAAAUUAUUGAAAGGCGUUAUACGUGGUAUCACAUGAACGAGCAAUCAAGCGGCGUUGGUUGGCUUUGCGUGAAGGUGUAUGGUGCUAAAGGACUAGCAGCCGCGGACCUCGGAGGCAAGUCCGACCCCUUCUGCGUUCUCGAGCUGGGAAACGCGAGGCUACAGACACACACCGAGUACAAAACAUUAACACCGAAUUGGAUGAAGAUAUUCACUUUUACAGUCAAAGACAUCAGCUCCAUCCUAGAGAUCACAGUUUACGAUGAAGACCACGACCAUAAGGUAGAGUUCCUUGGGAAGCUGGCUGUUCCUCUGCUGAACAUUCGGAAUGGGGAGAAGCGAUGGUACGCCCUGAAGGACAAGAAAAUGAGGGCGCGGGCGAAGGGGAACUAUCCCCAGAUACUCUUGGAGAUGCUUGUCAUAUGGAACCCGCUCAAAGCAGCCAUCAGAGCAGUGAAUCCGAAAGAGCCUAAGUACAUGUACCAAGAGGCGAAGUUCAAGAGACAGCUGUUUAUAAGAAACGUCAUGAGGUUAAAGGCUAUCAUCAUGUGGUUUAUAGAAGUUGGAAAGAUUUUACAAGACUGUUUUGAAUGGGAAUCGAGGAUACGAUCGUUCCUCGGUCUUCUGAUGUGGCUGGCGUUCUGUUACUACUAUGAAAUGUGGAUGCUGCCUUUUUUAAUUCUUAUGUUCUUGGGAAGAAAUUGGCUGAUAUACAGGCUAACUGUUAAAUUAAAAAUCUUCAUCAAAAAUUUCCGAAGUGAUCCGCAGGCAUAUAUCACUUAUUUAUUUCUUAGAGGCAAUCCUUUACUAGUUCCAGUUGACGAUGAAGAUUUAUUAGCUGAAGAAGAUGAUGAGGAUGAAGCUGACAAGGAGGAGAAAAAGUCUUUAAAGGAGAGGUUACAAGCAAUACAAGAAGUGACGCAGACUGUACAGAAUGCUAUCGGUUACGUCGCCGCUUUGGGAGAGUCGGUUAAAAACCUGAUGAACUUUACAGUGCCAUAUCUAAGUUAUUUAGCGAUAAUAAUGUUGUUUGGAGCGAUGGUAGUGUUAUACAUGAUACCGUUGAGGUACCUGCUCAUGGCGUGGGGUAUCAAUAAAUUUACAAGAAAAAUCCUCCGGCCGCACACGAUACCGAAUAACGAAGUCCUAGACUUACUAUCCAGGGUACCGGACGAUGAGACCUUAUUGGACUGCCGAGAGCUGAAGCCGCACCCACCGAACGAGCACCGCCGGGACGCGAGGAAGAAGCACAAAGCCUCGUAACAUUCCCCGAUGGCGAUCCGGAAACGGGUCCGUCACUACGUCCGCAAUCUAAGCACUAGGAACUCUUAACACGACAAAUUUAUUACUGCCGGUGACGAAAACUGGAACUAAAAUUUGGCCGAAUAAAUUUGAGUUUUUGAAGUUAAAACAGCGAUAGCAGCGCCACUCUCGCCGGUACAGAUAAAUUUGUAGUACUGCGGUGUCUAUUCUGAACAUACGUAUUCUGGAAACUUAUUUAUAAAGGUGGUUAUUCUGAAAAUGUUUGACAGAAUGCCGAAGUCAUGCUUAAUAUAUUACGUAGGUAUUCUGAAAAUCCAUGUUUAAUUUGAGAUUAUAAGUUGCUUUCUCAGCAGUUGAUUUCUAAACAACAAAGUUAUUUCAUUUAUAUGAUAUGAAUAAUGUGGUUUCAUAUUUAAAUUGGUUUUCAAAAUAUUCUUAUUCUGAAAGAACUUAUUCUAAAGAUGCCGGCAAAAUGAAUGCUGGAUACAACAUUAAAUUUUAUUUUAUAUAUUGAUCCUAAACAAUGGCUCUUACUAGUUUCAUAGAAUACGUGUGUUUUCAAUACCUGUUACAAAAUAACCGUGAAAUUAUAUAAAGUUCUACUUACAUUUAAUAUUAAACGUUUUACGGACCGUGUUAGUAGAUAUUAUAUUGAAAAAUUUAAAAUAUCAUAUUUAUAAAAUGAGUAUAGUAACAAGACGCUUAUUUUUUUAUUCUAUGCUGUGUUAAGAAAAAUGGAGCAGACUAUUAAUUUCACCGUUUCUUUAACUACGUACGUAAAUAUUAUUUUGUUCAUAAUAUGCUUUAUUUAUGGCCGAUUUUUCAAUCGCCAGAUAACUUUUA